AGCAGCAGGUAAACAAACCUAUCUGACUGGGACGGCGAGCCUAACAAAGCGUACAGGCUUGUUGUACCGUUGUGCAUUAGUAAUGGCGAGAAGGAUAACAGUGGAAAAGGAGACGCGUCUGCAGUGAUUAGCCGGUCCAGAAAAUAAUAAAACAAUCAAGCGAUUUGUUACCGAGCAGCAACGCUGGUCGACGACAAAAACAGACCGACGCGUUUAACCUGCAGUGGAGGGAGACUGGAUCUGCGCAUGAUGCAUUGCAGCACUUUGGAGAAAAUGGGUGUUUUUAGCCUCAUUCUCAGAAUAGAGUAUCUGAUCCGGGAUGUCGGCUGGGUUCUUUAGCUACUGCAGGAUCUAAUAACUGAGCUGGACUCCGAACAACAUCCCCUCUGGUGCAACAUGGGGCCCAUCAUGCAGGAACGCACCGCAUCCACGACACUCAAACGCGUCGUUUCCAAAGAGAAGAUUCGGGUAAAAAAUACUGAAAACAGCGGACCAGUAACCAGUUCAAAGAAAGGCAACAAGACGAAGAAAGCAGUGGGCCAAAUGAAAAAUGGCCUCCCAGGACCAGGUCAGGAUAAGGACACAAUGACAGCAGUGUACAGGGGUGCACAAUCCAAAGGGGUCAGGGUCAAGUCUGGAGCUGCACGGAACACAAGCAAAGCCUCCAGCCCUGAAGACGAGGAGGGAGAUUUGAGACCUCAACUCCGCAAACACUCCUCUGCUCACAGGAAGGAGGAGAAACGAGAAAAUCUCCGAGUGCCACAGUGCAGCGGCGAACUCCACCAAAGCCGCGGGGGGAUGGGGAAGAAUCGGCGAGCCCUGUCCCUGCCUCUCUCCCCCAUAUCAGGGCUGCGACACAUGCCGGCUCACCCCCUCACACACUCCCCGGCCCUCACUCCAGAUAUGCUGCAGCAGCACCACAACCACAAGGAGGAAGACACUGACAGUGCCAGCGAUCUGUCCGACUCCGAGAGGCUGCCUGUGCUGCCCUCCCCCUGCACCCCCUGCACCCCCUGCACCCCUCCACACCUCAACCUCCGGGCCGAGGUCAUCAACACUCUUGACUUCCCCCCGGACAUCCCAGGACCCCACGGGGUGAUGGGAAAUGAGGACGAGAGUGAAAAACCAAGCUACAGUUAUCCCGAUUUCCUGCCUCCUCCCUUCAACAGCUGGAGCCUGAGGCAGCUGGCGGUGUUUCUUCACACAGAGGGUCGUGGUGCCCCCCGACCCAAACCUGUCGGGCCGCUAGAGAAGUACCUGGAGAGGCUGCUGCAGCUGGAGUGGCUCCAGAUCCAAACUGUGCAAGCAGAGAGCAGCCGUCCGCCUGGGAGCCGCCUGAGGCCACAGGGCUUCCCCUCUGCCACAGCUGCCCACCCGCCCAGGCCUCACACAGCUCCAUCAUCGCGACUCAACUCCCCUAAAGGCCUGCGACACAGCCAGCGAGCCUUCCCGUUCGCACCCGUCAACAACCCCCCAUCUCCCGCCUCGGCCCAGCACCAGAUGUCCCGCUACCCGGUCUGUCCUCACUGUCACAUUCGCUACCCUUUGUGCAAUGGAAGCUGCUCUGCUUAUGCCUACCAGCGCCACUCCCGCCUCAGCCCGCUGCUGGAGCGCAGAGCCCGACCCGGGGCGCCAGCGAAGAGGAGCAGCAGCGAGACCCGAGCAACCUCCACGGAGGGCAGGAGCCCAGGGGCACAGGGCGGAAGUGGAGGAGGAGCCCAGACCCCAGUUAGCCCCUCAGCUGGAAGGAGUCAUCUCAGGCACAUGCAGGCCGCAGGCAACGCCCGUAAGCAAACCCAGGAGUCUGGCACAAAUCCAAACAGCAAAGGUCCGGUGAGGAAAAGCCGUGUCAGAGCCAACUCUGAGACAGAUGUUAAGAAGGAGCCCAGUGGCACCAAAGCAACCAGUGCAGAGAAGCGUGUCUUUGUUGCAAGCAAGAGGGACAUCAUCACCUCGAAGAGAGAGGAGAAGGACUGGCAGAGGACGGAGGCAGCAGGUCAGGCCUCGAAAACUGCCAUGAAGAGAGCUGCUAAAGACCCGUCGUCUCUCUCCAAAGCCCCGCUUAGCAGUAAGCAGAACGGCAAAACAAAAAAUGUGCACUUUGUUGCAAAGUAACUAUAUAAACCCUGCAAUAUAGUGCUUUACUUAGUGGCUAUCUGGUACAGGAGCUUGAACCUAUGCUUGCUUUCUGUGUUAUCUGUGUAAUACUAACAUGUCCUAACUGUUGUACAGCAGUCUAAAUCAGUCAGUGGUGUGCAGCCUUCAAAAGGUCAACUAGGAGCGAUUGAGCAGCUAGAAUACAGAUGAAGAAUAAUGUUACCCUCCAUAGAACAGAAUCUGCUUUUCAUUCCAAAUGUACAGUUGUAGUCAUAAUGCUGGACUGUGUUCUGACAGAAACUACAUCAUAACCCUGUGCCCUGCUACGACUCUAAACUCUAUUGCACUCUGCAGUCAUCUCUCAGUAUCCUACUAAUGGUAAAAUAGGAAUAAAAUAAGCAUCUACUCUGCCGCUGCACAGUUUUCAGAAUAAAUAAUCCAUAGUGAAGUUUAACACCAGUCAUUCCAUUUUAGUCUUGAAAUACAACCAUAGCUGAUAAUUGUGCAAUUUUUGAUGUUGGAAUGUAUUUGUUUGAUUUACUUGAUGUUGCUUUUUAUUUUUUCUUUGGUGCCUCAUGUUUUCAACCAUAUGUUAAGUUAAAGGAUCUUUAGCAGAGACGAAGGAGGCACAGUAACAGGUUCCAGGUAUAUUUGUGCUUUGGUUUCACAUUUUUGGUUACAAGGGCUUUUCAUGUUUGAACAGCUUGAAUUGUAGUCUAUGAUAAUAUACUGUAUUUUGCAUAGAGCUGAGCUCUUCCUAUCAUUGAAGACGGUGUAAUGUUUGCUACGAAUGUAAAUGCAUAUUUUUCCAAAUUUUAUAUACCAUAGUUAUAUUUAUGAGAAGUGUUGUGGUUGACUUGUAUUCAUCAUUGUCAUUGUUCUGUUUACAUUGUCACGCACAAAAAGAAAAAUCUGUAGAGCUGAUUGUAAUUAUGUCUGCUGUGCUGUCAUUCCCAGGGUUCGAUGGGGUUUCAACACAUCAUAGCUGUUAGGCUGUAACAUGGUAAUGUUAGACAUAUCACCUCUUUAUUCCACUGCAUACUUGACGUUUUUAGAACACUGUGUUUACAUUAGAGUGUUUUCUCUGUUUCUCGUGGUCUCCCAUGUGCGUCUGAUUCAUGGGAACACUGCAUCAAUGUAAAUGUGAUAAGUAUUCUGAUUGCACCUCUUCACUUAAUAUCCAUGGAAAGUAUCGGAAGCCAUAGAUAAGGGGCCAGGAGUGGCAAUGUUACUAUAUGUGUGUACAUUACAUUGACAUGCACGCAGAAAGAUUGUGAUAUGUAUUUUCUCAAUGUUGAAUGCAAGUAUUUGCAAGGCAUAGAAAUAAAUGUUUUGCACACAAGGAA